AUGGGCGAGAAGCGGAUCCUGUGCGUGGGGCUGGUGGUGCUGGACAUCAUCAACGUGGUGGACAAGUACCCGGAGGAGGACACGGACACCAGGUGCUUGUCCCAGAGAUGGCAGCGUGGAGGCAAUGCGUCCAACUCCUGCACCGUGCUGUCCCUGCUCGGAGCCCCCUGUGCCUUCAUGGGCUCACUGGCCCCGGGCCACGUUGCUGAUUUUGUCCUGGAUGACCUCCGCCGCUAUUCCGUGGACCUUCGCCACACGGUCUUUCAGACCACGGGCUCCGUCCCCAUCUCCACGGUCAUCGUUAACCAGAGCAGCGGCAGCCGCACCAUCCUCCACGCCCACAGUUUCCUGGUGGCUGACUUCAGGCAGCGGGGUGUGGACGUGUCCCAGGUGGCCUGGCAGAGCCGGGGAGAGACCCCGUGCUCUUGCUGCAUCGUCAACAACUCCAAUGGCUCCCGCACCAUUGUGCUCUAUGACACGAAUCUGCCAGAUGUCUCUGCUGCGGACUUUGAGAAGGUUGAUCUGACUCGGUUCAAGUGGAUCCACAUUGAGGGCCGGAACGCGGCGGAGCAGGUGAAGAUGCUGCGACGGAUUGAGCAGCACAACGCCAGGCAGCCCCCGGGGCAGCGGGUGCAGGUGUCCGUGGAGGUGGAGAAGACCCGAGAGGAUCUGUUCCAGCUGUUCGGCUACGGAGACGUGGUGUUUGUCAGCAAAGAUGUGGCCAAACACCUGGGGUUCCAGUCAUCGGUGGAGGCUCUGAGGGGCCUGUACAGCCGUGUGAGGAAAGGGGCCACGCUGGUGUGCGCCUGGGCCGAGAAGGGCGCGGACGCCCUGGGCCCCGACGGGCAGCUGCUCCACUCGGACGCCUUCCCGCCGCCCCGCGUGGUGGACACCCUGGGGGCCGGCGACACCUUCAACGCCGCCGUCAUCUUCAGCCUGUCGCAGGGACGGAGCAUGCAGGAGGCGCUGAGGUUCGGCUGCCAGGUGGCCGGCAGGAAGUGCGGCCUGCAGGGCUUCGAUGGCAUCGUGUGA